AACGAGGCACUCACAGAUGACGUCUCCAGGCCAGAACAAAAUAAACAGCGGAGCUAAUACACCAAAUACAAAGUUGAGUAAUGUUCGCGGUUCUAUCGGUUACUUGAGUUACUGUGUUUUGCCGCUGCUCCCACCUCGUCGGCACGCUGAUUAGAUAAAGUUCCGGGGUGAGUGGAGGACCGGAGAACCUCGGACUCUCCCGUAGCCCUACAAUAAACGAUUUUCGGUCAGUGGGAAACCGAUAGUGUGAUCGGUUGGAAGUGGUAACGCAAAUAUCCAGGAAACAUGCUAACGGAAUACGCAGGCAAUCUCUCUCAUCCCUUGGAGUUCGGUCAUGUACUGGAGAUUGUGGCCAAGACGAUCGACGGAGCAGCAAGGUUUCACAUCAACCUGUGCUCGGCCAAGACCUCGGUGAAUCCCGACGCGGACAUUGGGCUCAGGUUCUCCUGUUACUUUCGAAACGAUGUGAUCGUUAGAAAUGCCAAGGUGAACGGCUCCUGGGGCGAGGAAGAGACCCAGGUCGAGGACAACAUUACGCUGCCGAAUCCCAUCGUGAGUGGCGAAUUCUUCAUGGUGUACAUCCUGGCCUGCGAGGACUGCUUCCACAUCUCCAUAAAUAGCAGAGAGUUCUGCAAGUUCCGCUACAGAAUGCCAUUGGGUGCAAUUAGGGCACUGGAGAUUCGCGACCAGAUUCAGGUCAUCAAGCAGGUGGACCAUCGCACCGUGUUCCCGAAUCCCUGGCCUGCCAUCCACGCUUCCGACUACUUCAAAGCCUUCAGCAACGACGUCCCUAUCCUGUUUAGUCCUGGCCAUGUGAUCGUUAUAACCGCCCGUUGUUUUGAAAACAAAAAGGGCCAGUUCAUCAUCAAGUUCAUGGACUCGGACACCAAGCGCGAGGAGCUGCACUUCAGCGUGCGAUUUGACGACAAGGCUGUGGUGAGAAACUCAAUGGACCGGAACUUCCAGUUUGGCACUGAGGAACGACAUGGGGGCUUCCCCUUCGUGUUCAAUCAGCAGUUCAAGCUGGCCUUGGCCUUCACGGAACGAGAAGUCCUUACUGCCGUUGAUGGCUACAAUUUCUUUAGCUACGCCUGGCGUACACCAAAUGCCAUGACCAACCUUGUGGGUUUCAAGGUGACUAGCAUUAAUGGGCUAGUAGUGCAGAUAACCGGUGUGGAUCAUCUGCAAACGGGAGAUCCCACCUGCACCGCCUUUGAGAAGUAUUCCCGCCAUGACUACGAAUGCGUCUAACAACAAGUGAUCUAACUAAUAGUCUGAAAAUCUAUAAAUAAAUGUGCUAUAUCCUAACACUAUA